AUGGUUCCUUCGCUCCAUCAGUCUCGACUCUCGAGCCACAAAAUCAACCAUCUGCCACCACUAAUCCAUCCACGUCUCAGAGAUGCGUCGGUCUUUGCGGCACAUCCUCGAGAACUCAGUUUCGUGAUGGCGGCUAUGGACAGUACUAGUCACAAUGUCAAAACUGCCUCACUCAAGCGGAUUCGGAUUCUGGACCAGAAGCAAUCCAGGUUUGGCUGUCGGACCUGCAGCGCAAAGUCAAGUGCGACGAGAGCCUCCCAACAUGCCUUAGAUGCUCUAGGUCUGGACGAACUUGUACUGGCUACGAGCGGCGUCCCUCCUUGGCAUCGACCUGACCAGCAGAACAUGGCUCAAUUGACUCUAUCUCUCUUCUCACAUGACCCCUAUCAACUCCACAGCAAGGCUAGCGCGGAAUUCUCCUUUGUGCUCCUCCCUCAACUCGCCGCCACUAGGCCGUAUGUCAAUGCCGCCGCUGGAACUCUGGGUGCCGCGUAUGAUAAGUGUGUUCUUCACCAGACCCAUCGCCAGGAUCACCAGCUCAUCACCAGGCUUUAUUUGAAUGCGCUCCGACAAGUGCGAGAUGAGCUUCAGCGGCCACAGCCCGAGGUCGUACCAUUGCUGGUGACCGCUAUGCUCCUAGCCGCUGCUGAGAGCAUCCAGCACAAGCAAAAGGAUGCAGUACGUCACCUCCUUGGAGCAUUUAGCAUGAUCGACCUACAGAAUGAGGUGUCUCUGAAGACAUGGCCCAGCACUUCAGUAGGGCCGUUGACUUGUAAUACCAUCGUUGAAGGUCUUAAUCCAAUCCAAGAUGUCUUCUACACUCUGGACUACCAUAUUUCCAUGUUUGCUUGGGGUAGAAAGCCUCGAUUCCCUCGCUUACCAGUCACUAAUCAGAUGCUUUACCCUGCCUCCAUGGAAGAUCUCGUUACAGGACGCCCUGUUCUUCAACAAUGGUGUGUGCACUUCAUUGCUAAGGCAUUGGAGCCAGAAUGGGAGGAACGAAUCGAUUUCCCAGCAGCGCUUAUAGCACAGCAAGUCUACCUCGUCGCUUGGCUGAAGCGCUGGCUUCGCACUUACACCUUACUAUUCGAUAACCAGAGUUCACAGCCAUUCCACGCACAGACACCCCGCUUUAGAAUCCUCAAAGCCCAAACACUCAUUAUGUACAUUGCCGUCUCCAACGUCAAGCCUCCCACUCAAGUUACUUACGAUACCUAUGCCCCAGAGUUUGAAGAAAUCAUCCGCUGCGCUGAGGCCGUCCUUAGCCCGAAUGCCCCGGCCAGUCAGGCUGCCACUUCCCGGUCCCUUCUUGCCUACUCGCCCGUCCCCGGCAUCAUCCACCCUCUCUGCUUUACCGCCCGCAAAUACCGCGACUCCGUCUCACGCCGGCGGGCAAUCCAUCUCCUACGCCAGGCCGGCAUUGAAGGCCCCUUUCAAGGCGAUUUUGAGGCACGCGUCGCCGCGCGCCUAGUCGAAAUCGAGGAAGGACGCAAACCUUUCAAAGCCGUGCUAACACCUGCAGAGGUGCUGCUUCCGAGCGACAUCCCUGAUCGUAAACGUGUAUACAUGAUCUGGAUAGUAGAGACACCCGGCGCAGGGUCCGAGACGCACCAGGUUAGAGAAACGGCGCAGCGAAUGAUGAAGUUCAGCCGGCGGCGGAGACUGGCGCCAACGUCUAGAGCCACAAAAGCGGAGAGACUGGCACAGGUUCCAGAUGACGUAGUGAAAAUAGGCGCGGGUAUGGGUGUGCAAUCCGGCGGGCAUGACGACAAUGCCGAAGGUGAGAUGUGGGAGAUUUGGGAUGAAGCGGUGGAUGGGGCGUGCCCGUGGGAGGCGGCAGGCAGCCACUAA